CCAGUCGGAGAGCAGCAUCGCCUCUUGAGUCCAGACUACCUUCUGUUACACCUCAGACACCGGACCUCCCAGCUUUCUUGUCCCCUCCUGUGCCGCUCUGCAAAGAUGUUUUGGCCAGCCCAUUCGCAGACCUUUGUACUCUUAGCAAUGAGCCUGACCUUUGUCAGUGCUGUGCCCCUUGCAGAAGGAAGCCAUGGGGAGCACUCAGACCCAGCCACCCUGAAUGAAAGUGACCAGCUCUCUCACCCGCUACACAGGCAAGACCAGGGGAUGGUCCCCGAGGAUGGGAACAUGCCUGGGGGCGAGAUAGAGAAGGUCAAGAGCCACCAGGUCAGAUCUGCUGCCUCCCACCCCAGCGCCCAGCGUGAACCCAGUUACGAUGAUGAGUUAUUCAAGGAUGUGGAUGCCAAGACGUUGGCAGCCAUCCUGAUACAAGCUCUAAAGGUGGAUGAAGACAAGCCCAGUGGCAGCAGGGAGGAGCCAAGGUGGCACAGUGGGGGUGUGCCCACCUCCACCAAUUACAGGUCACCCGAGGCCGGCGAGAAAGACUCGAUGGAAAAUGUGAAGAGCAGGACCAGAGUGAGCAAGACCCAGUGGAGCCCACCCUCCCAAGAGAGUGAAGACUCAGAGAGGAGAGGGCAGGAAGAUGAAGAAGACAACUUGACCCCUCAGAGCAUUGAUAGACUGGAGGCAAUGUUGCAGGACAUGGAGAAGUAUAGUACAGCCACCAAAAGGGAGAGGUCCAACACAGCCCAACGCUCCUUGCCCAUGUAUAGCACCAAGAAUAAUGAUGAAUCAAAUGAGAAUGAUGUCCUGAGGGACCUAGAUGCCUUUGAAGAGCUGGUGGGCAGGAAGGACAAGUACUCUAACUAUGAGGAGAACCAGGAGGAUGCCAGAGGCAGGGUGAAGUAUGGGGCUGAAGAUCUGGAGGACAGAGAGGGAGACAGGAGGAAGGUGGGGCAGGAGAGGGCAGCAGAUCGAGCUUCUGACCUACUGCUGCAGUACCUGUUGAGGGGGGAAGCCAGCGAGGAGGAGGAGGAGGAGGAGAAAGUGAGGGAGGACCAGAGGGCAGAUGGUGGCUCGGAGGAGAGUGCCUCCGAGGAGAAGAGGGCAGACGAAGAUGAGGACGAGGACGAGGAUAUCGACCCGCAGACCAUAGACAGGCUCAUUGAGAUCUCCAGCAAGCUUCACCUGCCGGCGGACGAUGUAAUUGACAUCAUCAAUGACGUGGAGAAAAAAAGGAAGGAUCCAGCGGAGAGAGUAGAAAGCAAGCAUGGGGCAUCCUCAAGGGACAGGUUCAGGUAUUCAUCCUCCCAUCCGGACAGCAACUACCUGCCCCGCCACCGGCCAGAGAAGGCAAGGCACCACACCAAUGACGAGAUGAGCCUUCAGCAACUGCUGGGUGCAGAAAAUGCCCUGGACUAUGAAAGCAUGCCCUUCACCAUCCCAAGAAGGUACCGACCCAGGCCAAAUGGUUACCCCAAUUACAUCCGCCCUUGGAUCUACCAGCAACGCCACCGACCCUACUACUAUCAGCCCCCACCCCCUGUCUACAGGAACAAAGACUACUAUGAGGACGAGACGCAGGACAAUGAGGAAGAGCUGGAGAACUACAUUGAGAAGAUCUUUCUCAAGCAUCCAGAGGUCUUUCAGUAGAGCUAAAAAAAAAAGUCAAUGGUUUCUCUUCUUCCCUCCCCACCUUUUUUAUUUCUGUCUAAAGUACCUGGUGUGUUGAGGUUUUGUGCAUGAAUCAGGCAGACAUGUGGACACAUAAGCCCUGUGCAUGGAGGCGCAUUUGAAACACACCAUGCAUCGUAUCCAACAGCCUUGUCGCCCCCACCAGCCUAGAGGGAAAGUAGAAGGCGAUAGAAGAAGCGAAAUCUGAUAUUUUUGUACUGUGAUGUAUGUGUAGAGCCAGCCCGAGUGCUCCAAAUUAUGUCCCGAAUUUUUAAAACAGUUCCGGUUUAAUGUGAUGCUGGUAAUGUGUGUGUAUGUGUGUGUGUAUGUAUGUGCAUUUGACUUCGAAUCUUGCCAACUCUUUCCACCCUGAAACAACAUUUCAUAGGAAUUGAUCCAUGGCUUAAUCGGUUUUAAAGAAGGGUCCAUGUUGAGGUGGUGGCAUUGCCAGAGCAGCUGGCAACUCUGAAUAAAAUCACACAUUAAAUGAGGGUGUCAAAGCUUAAGGAACAGGGUCCAAUGCAUACGAGCAAGGCAUUUACAUGCUACCUGUGUGUGACAGUCCAUCGUCAGUGUUAAGGUCCCCACCCCAACAGAAAACACUCUCUUGCACUGGCAAGAGUGUCCUCCCUCUUCAGAAAGUGACUUAUUGGUCGUAGGUGAUACUGUAGAUGACACUGAGGCUAAUGGCUACAUGUCCACCACCCCGAGAGGGGCAGAUGAUCUGAAUUCUUCCCUUAGGCCCCUGGAAGAAGCUUACCAUAGUUACAAGAAUCUUUUACAAUUCAUUGAGUUGGACGAGUUUGGAAUCCAAUACACUCUGCUGCAGAGUUUCACCAGGUCAGGUCAGGAAAAAAAAAGUGCUAACAAUGUUUUUUAAAAAAGCAAAAAGCUCCCUAUAGAAUUUACUCAGAUAGUUUGUAGUUAGAUUGGGGGCAACUGUCUGUCUUGAACCUUGCUUCCUUCUAUUGCUACUGGGCAGGAGCCAGUCAGUAAUGGAGAUGUACCUCUAGUGUUCCCCCUUUCCAAUCCCACCACAAUGUUUGCACCUGCUCUCACAUCCCCAGUUAGGGAGCCAGCCACCUUCGAGAGGAGGUGGUGGCCUGUUGAUUGCCCUUACUUGUCUCAGUCACUUGGCCAUUGGGUAUAUGGAGAGGCGAGCUCACAGUCUGGGAUAUGUAAAGGAUGACAGUCGGUUGCGGAACCUGGGCUAAGAGGUUUGCCUAUCUCCCAGUCUAAGGAUCCCACUCCUGAAGUGGUUUUCAAAUAUUCAUCUCUGCGACCUCAAUGAUUCAACCCAGAAACUGAAGCAGGUUAACUCAACCUCUAUCCUGAAACCUGGUUGGAAGUGUGCAUUCGCCAUGUGGUUAUGCACUGAGGAAUUGUCCCACCAGUAACCCACACAAUUAUUUGUUUAAAUGCAUUGUUAAUUUUUCCAAAAAAGCUAUUGGUUGACUGGCAGUAGAGGUAGGAUUUCGACCUCUGUUGCUCUGCAUUUACUCUCAUCACCUGUGCCAUGACAUAAUGAAGACUGAUUGGUGAAAUGAAGAGCUGUGGUUUGAAAAUAAACAGAGAUGGAGGGAGGGAGAGGGGGGAUCUGUACCUUGUGCUCCACUGUAAAUUUUCUCAAGUCUGCGAAUAUUGCUUCUUGGAGUGUACGCAAAGUCUUGUUAUCUAUCUGAAGAAAAUACAGAGUCUUUUGAUGUUGCAGCAUCCGAUGUGUUUUUGCAUUUAAUAAAAAUUGAUGUUGUAAAUAGCAUGG